AUGGAUUCCACCACCCUGAUCAUUCUCUGGGUGUUUACCUGGGCCGCAAUCGGCUUGAUACUCCUUCGACUGCUGGUGCGCAAACUGAAAGGAUUGCAGUUCAUCAUGGGCGAUUAUUUCUCAAUGGGGGCAAUUCUCUGUGCGCUCGUACGCCUCGCCUUGGUCCAUGUCGUUCUCAUCUGGGGAACCAACAAUAUGACUACCACGUUCAGACACACGCACCAUUUCACACCCGAAGAGAUCCGCCGCAGAGAAAUCGCAAGCAAGUUUGUGCUCACUAAUCGAGUAUUCUAUAAUUCCUAUCUUUGGUUGCAAAAGCUGGUUCUGCUGGAUACCUAUCGCAGACUGCACACAAACCUUCGCUGGGAGAAGAUGACGAUGAUCUCAUAUAUUGGCAUCUUUGCAGCGACCUAUGUAGCUGUACAGAUCGUGACUUUUACGGAGUGCGAUCCCUUCAACCAUUACUGGAUUGUGUUGCCGGAUCCUGGCACAUGCUGCCAGGCACAGCUUCAGUUGAUUGUUCUCGGUGUCCUCAAUAUCAUCACCGACGUUAUGCUUAUCGCUAUGCCGAUUCCAAUUCUAGUUCUGGUCAAACGAUCUAUUGUUGAGAAAUUCCAGCUGGCAGCCCUCUUCACUGUCGGUCUCUUCAUCGUCGCUAUCACAAUCGCUCGACUACCUCAAAACGCUAAAAAUGCCACUGCACAAGUGAAUAGAACGACUUGGGCAUCCGUUGAGCUACUUGCUGCCGCUGUUGUUGCCAAUGCGCCCGUCUUGUACGGACUAUUUAAAGGACAGAGGCAAAAGUCCAAGUACAACGCAUCGGGAGCCGGAUCAGCAGGGCCGUCGUGGCCGGGACUUCAACAGAGGUUACCAAACGAGUCGGAAUUCGAACUGCAAGGGGCCCAUCACGGUAAUAGAGGAUCUGCGAUUGGUUCAAAGAUAUCAUCUAGGAAUUAUUUAGAGAUCGACGGCGAGAGUUGUCGAUCAUUAGCUCGACCUCCGCAAUAG